CGGUAUGUGAUAGAUGUAUCUUCCUCGAGCCGCUGUAUUUGAUUUACUCGUGACCUGUGAAAGUUGACCCUCGCGUCGACCGAGCGCGCCACCAUGGCCGCUGUAAAGGUUCCCGAACAACUCAAAUUUGUAGCAGUUAGUAGCACAAGUAUAAAAUACUUUCAGACAGAUGCCGCUCGCCCAGGCGCUCCUGCGCCCCCGGCCUGGCAGUAUUCUGGCAGCCAGGUGCAAAGCAGCGUACAAUUUAUGAAGAAGGGCGCGUUCAUAUCUGGCAGCGGCGUGCAAGUGCUGUGCAACUUGCCUGAGGCGCCCACGGCGGAAAAAAAGGACUUGACGGUGGCGAGGCACAACCUGCUGUCGCUGCCGCAAGGGCCCCUGCUCCUUCGCAUCAGCGGCGACGGGAAGGCGCUCUGCGUAGUGCAGGCGCCUGUACCGGGGCAGUUGCAGAUCUUUGACCUGCAGGCGCUGCUGGCGCAGAACCCGCAAGCGCUGAAGGACGCGCGGACGCUUCGCGACCACGACCGCCCCAUCGUUGCGCUUGCAUCGUCCAGUUGCACCAACCACGUGGCGUCAUCCAAUGCUGGCGGCACGGUGUACCUGCACGACGCGGCACUGGCGCAGCGGGCCACGCUGGGGGCGCUCAGCAACGGCACCAGCAGCGUGGUCACGCCCAAGCGCUGCCUGGCCUUCUCGCAGACCUCCAGCCCGCUCAGGCUGGCGGCUGGGUCGGAUGACGGGCACGUGCUGCUGUGGCAGGUCCUACCCGCCGUGAGCGGACCCAUCGUGCUGAACAGCAAGAUGCGGGCGCGGGUGAUGGGUGUUGGCUUCGGCACUUACAACAAGGUGUCGGCCUCGGUACUAAUCAGCUGCGCGGAGACUGGGCAGCUGAUGCUGACUGACUUAUCCACCUACCCCAAGCUGGAGAACACAAUCUCCAUGGAGCUGGCGGUCAGCGUGUCGUGCAUGGCGGUGCGGGACGACGGGGCGGUGCUGGCCAUAGGCACCAAAGAUGGCCGUGUCGGUGUGCUCGGAGUGCAGGAGGCGGUGCAGCAUAAGGCGAAAGCGGUGAACCUCAUCCGCGUGUUCGACCUGGGGACACACCUGGAGGUGACGGACGUCGCCUUCCACUUCAGCCGCUCGGGGCUCAAAGACUCUCGCGACGGCGGUAUGUCGCGGGACAGCCUUGACGGCAGCUCCUCCAUCGCAGCAGCAGCCGCUGCGGCGGUCGCCAGCAGCGCCGCUGCGGACGCCACGCCGAGCAGCGGCGGCACUGCCGCUGCCAAGGACUCCCCCGCUGCCUACUCCGCAGCGACCACUGCCGCCGGCGCCAUGCCCGGUGCGCGGCAACCGGCCGCCCCGACCACAUCAGCCGGGUCAAGCGCCGCACGCAGCUCGGCGCCCGCCACGGGGCCCUCUGGGUUGCCGCCGACGUUGCCCAGUGGCGGCUCUCGCUCGGGCUCCGCCUCGCUGCCCUCAGCGGCCAUUCCGUCGGGCCACCGCCGGUCGUCAGACUCGGGUGGCCUGUCCGGCCUAACGGCCCCGUCAACAGCGGCUACGACGGUAGCUGUGGGCGCGACACAAGAAGUACCAGCACCGGCAGCCCCCGUGGUGGUGGUUCCUAGCUCGGCUGUGGGGGAGCCGCACGCGGGCACAUCCUCGGCAUCUCGAGCGCCUCCAGUGGUCUCAUCGCCUGUGGGCUCACCAUCACGGGCGGUCAUAAGCCCGCGCGGCGCAGGCUCCGCACCCUUCUCCGGCCUGCCGGGCCGUGGCGCGGCUGGGCCUGGCGGCGGCGGUGGCGGCGGUGCGGAGCUGCUGUCGUCCAACCUGCGUUCGUACAUGGACGAGAUGAAGGACAUGAUGCGGGAGCUGGUGUUCGGGCUGCAGGCCGACAUGGUGCGGCAGAGCCUGGCCAGCGAGGCGGCGCUGCAGCGGGCGACUGAGGAACUGCGGGCGGAGAACCAGGUUCUACGGGCCGAGGUGGGCCGCCUGUCGCAGCAGCUGGACACGGCGCUGCGGUUCGGGCUGCUGGGCCAGCAGCGAGGACCCUGGUGAUGAGCACGAGCGGCGCGCGCCGCGCAGGGGUGGGGUGGCGGCGGCGGUGUCACAAACGAAUGUGCGGGUUGGGUAUGUCCGGCUGCCGGGGCACCAUACACUGGCUGGGGACUAAAUAAGGCGGGACCCUCUGACAAAUUGACAGCUUGGUUCGUUCGUCUGAGGCGGUGCUGGGCACGCGUGGCGUUGUGGGGCGCACGCGGCACAUGUGGGUGCCUGAAGCAGGUGCACGGAUUUUCCCAGGGCGGGGUCGCUCAAUAAAUGUUGUCUUUAACAGACGCCAUUAUCGGCUGUAAUAGGACAACGUCGUAGCAUGUCGUCCAGGAUUCAGACGAGCACCUAGAUGGGGCCUUCCCGAUGAGAACCGAAAGAAGCCUGCUGUUCCAGUUCAAGCCUUCCCUGGGAAUACCAGGCGUGUUUUGUAAUUCUCUGCUCCA